UGCAUGAGAAAAAAGCCAGGAGGAAAGAAACCGCUUCCAUUAAAUCCCUCCGGCUUCCCUCGCUUCUAUUUGGAAAGGAAUGGAAAAUGGGAUGGAUCUAGUUCAAAUCCCUGUUUUUUCAGGCCAAUCUGGAGAAAAAGCGAAGGCAUUUCACUCCUCGGACUGCUGCUAUUUUUAAGCUGUGUGAAAUACCGAAGCCUCUGCCUCCAAGAUGAAGAUUUCCUGACUUGAGCUAACACGCUUGUUGGUCGUCUAUUUAUUCCCUCGCAUGUUUCUCUCGGGCUCUAAAGGAUCACGUUGGAAGAGGCUGCAAAUCGAAAGUUAUGAUUUCAUGAACGUCCAUCACUCGGGCAGUGACAAAACUUAACUCAGGAAGAAGCCAAAGACGACCUCACACCCCCUUUUUGUGUUCGACUGAUUAGAUGCGCCCCUGAAAAAAUUGGAGGAACAAGGAGGAGGGAAGGAUCCCAGAAUCUACCAAGAUGAGCAGCCAAGAGGGAGAGGACCCCAACCCGGAAAGUGGCCCGAAGAAGAUGUUGAAGUGCGUGGUGGUUGGUGAUGGGGCUGUUGGCAAAACCUGCCUGCUGAUGAGUUAUGCCAACGAUGCUUUCCCAGAGGAAUACGUACCUACCGUGUUCGACCACUACGCAGUGACGGUGACAGUCGGAGGCAGGCAGCAUCUGCUUGGGCUGUAUGACACGGCAGGGCAGGAGGACUACAAUCAGCUGCGGCCGCUCUCCUACCCCAACACGGACGUCUUCUUGAUCUGUUUCUCUGUGGUCAACCCGGCCUCGUACCACAACGUCCAGGAGGAAUGGGUGCCCGAGCUGAAAGUGUGCAUGCCUCACGUGCCGUACGUCCUGAUCGGCACUCAGAUUGAUCUUCGCGAUGAUCCCAAAACACUGACUCGGUUGCUUUACAUGAAGGAGAAGCCCCUGACUUAUGAACACGGCCUCAAACUAGCAAAAGAGAUCGGAGCCCAGUGCUACCUCGAGUGCUCUGCUCUGACUCAGAAAGGCCUGAAGGCCGUCUUCGACGAGGCGAUUCUCACCAUCUUCAACCCCAAGACCAAGAAGAAGCCCUGUGCCCGGUGCUGUGGCUGCUGUGCCGUCGUAUGAUCCCGGUGGAACUGUGCUGGCGUCUGGCCAAAGCGUUCCACCCACCGGCACAGAGGGACAUGACCAGGGAGAGGCCAUUUCGUUGACAAGCUCCUCCACGUGCGCGACUCCUCGAAGCGACAUCCUCGCGGCCUUCUCAUGUUUUCCGCUCUUUUUCUAACCACUGCAGAGCUGUGCGCGCGGCCAUCCAGACUCUUCUUGGGACUAUUUUCCCUGAGCUGACCAACUUAUGAAGCACAGCAGCCAAGGGAGUUCCUCCUGGUGUAAGGAACCAUGAAGGAUGAGAAGGAAAACCAAAGUAUCCAAAGAUCCUGCAGCAGAGUCCAAAGAAGCUGGAUCCACGAUUUCUGGCCUGCAACAGGGAAUGGCCCAUCAACCCCAGCAUGACUAUGCAACAAACAUAAAAACAACCAAAAAACACAAUCAACUUUUUAGGAGUUGAUUACGUCAACUUAGAUGAAAAGUAGGGAUUCUCUCUUCAUGGCUGUUCCCCAUUUUCCAUGUCAAAAAUUGGCACGGAAUCAAAGACAUCUAUACUGAAUUUUUCUUUGUUUUAUAUAUAGAAACAGAGCGAGUCAGAAGGGGUCUCCUGGGCCAUCUAGUCUGACCCCCGGCAAAAUGAUUCAGUGCAGGCUCAAGAGAAGCCAGCAGAAUGUAGUGGCCUCUCACGGUUGAGCAUGUUGGGAUACUUUUCUUAGCAAAAUCUGAAGCCACUGAAUUUUUUAUCUGUCGCCUUUGUUUGGAAUGAGCAAUGGGCAAGAUGCAGAGGAAGCCGGACAGAUGCAUUGCAGCCUAGUGUCCGUGUUCAUUCGUAACCUUCAGGUGCCGUUGCCUGCAGAAAAUCACCAAGCUGCUCUUCUGGCAAUGCGCCACUUGCAAAGAGGGCACAGGAUUUUUCAAGAUGGAAAUCAGGGGAAAGGGGAGCACACGCAAACACACACGCCAGGAAAAGCCGUUGCUCAAAUCAGCAAGGAGCCGUCUCAGCACGAGCUGCAGAAGGACAGAAGGGGUGGCAGGAUAAACUCCAGCUAUUUUUGUGGGAGAAGCUUGUACAAGGUGCCUUCUGCACCCCCCUUUCUCAGAGUAGACCCCUUCCCCUUUCUCAUCACUGUUGCUGCUGCCUGUGCACCAGCCGUGUCCCCUGGGGCCCGACUCACAUCACCACCCAGAUGGAGAGGUGAGUUGAGUCUCCUGGGAGGCGCGUGUUGAUGGAGCCACCUGCUCAGCAGGUUUGGAGGCAGGUGGCGGGCCUCCUUCUGAGUGUGGGCACCUGCAAAUGCCCAAGAGGAUGCUGUGUAUACAGGGUCCAGGUCUUUGCCCACCCAACCCCCUAUUGCCAACACGGGCUGGCAGCAUCGGCUCAACAGGGUUUCACACAGGCAUUUUUCCAGUCCUGUCCAAAGAUGCCAGGGACUGAACUGGAGGCCUUCUACAUACAAUGCGUGGGUGUUCCAGGUAAAGGACUAGUAUAAUCCCAUGUUACACGCACCACCAGCAGCUACUGGCAGUAUUUGAAAAGGUGACUGCACAGGUGCAAAAGCAGGGCAUCAGGUUGAAAUGCAUCUCCUAGGAAGCAGACUUGCUCAGACCUUGAGCUCAUCCAACCCAGUAUUGUCAACACAGGUUGGCAGCAAUAGCCAGAGUUGUAGACCUUCCUCCUGUCUAAAGAGGCAUAGCAUUGCAUAAGAAAGAUGAACUAAGCUCAUAACAACUUCAAAAUAUAUUUAAAGCUAAACAUGUUGGCCUCCUCAUUCACUGUGAUGUGUAACGAAUUCCAAGAAUUGCUUCUGGAGCACUGGGAGAGGAAAAUUCCUAAGGAAGAAAAAAAAGGAGGUGGUACCCAUUCCACAUCAUAGCAACCCAAGAGGGCAAAAGUCAAAAGGGUUGGCUCUGAGUAUCUCUUGAAAUUGUGCUGUUGUUGGUUUUUCUAUCCAAUAUAUCAUGCACAUUCUUAGACUGAGUGAGUGCAGGUUGUUUGCCCGGAAUGAUAGCUAUUACAUGCUAGAUAUUAAAGUUUUUGUGGGGAAUAUGGGCCACGGCAGUCUUCACAGAGCCUAUGUGAGCUGCGACAUCUCUCCCGUGGACAUGGGCCGGCCACCCACACCGAAGCCUGCAGUAGCCAGGAGCCUGGGCUAUGAAUAAGACAGGCCAGGGCCCAGCAUUCACCUUGGCUUCAGUGAACUCGCUGGAUGCAGCCUUAGGCUAGCCAACCUGUCUUUUCCAUGCCAGGCGGUGAUUCUAGCCAGGUGGGUGUCCAGCCUGAGCAGGGGGCAGUGGUGCUAAACCCGAGUUCAGGCUCCGGCAGUGGAAGCAAGAGAGGGUCCAAGCCAAGUGCAGGUUUCAUUUCAGGAAGGCAAAAUCCAAGCAAGGUGGAAGUCAAGUACGGUUAAGAUGAAGACAUGGGGAGCAGAGGUCGGGCUCUAGAGAGGAAAAGUCAGAAGAAUACAGAGGGCAGGGCCUGCUAAAGCCAAGUCCAAGCAAAGUGGAGCUCAGGUUCCAGUAAUGCAGAGGUCAAAGGCCAGGCUCGCCCAGCAAAGUCCAUGGAGGUGGAAGUCAGGUUCAGCUAAGGCCAAGUCAAGCAAGUAGCACUGAAACAGGUCCCCGUGAAGCUCAGCCUGGAGAAUCCGCAAGUUCCAGUGUUCCUUCAGCACAAGCAAACCCAGACCAAGCCCAGGGCAGAACUGCAGCUCCAGGGAGUGAAAUCUCUUGACCGGCUCCAGUAGCCAGUGGCUGUGUUGGCCCCAGAGAGGCUCUGUUUCUUCUGGAUCUUCUGGUCUGGCAUCCUCCUCCUGCAGCAUCUCAACCUUCUCAGGUCAGAGACUUGCUGGCAAACUGAGGCCCUUUUGCUCCAGAGCUCCUGAGGCAGAGAGGAAGUUGGAGGCUAGUUCUGGGAAAGUAUCUCUCCUCUGAAUGCAACGGUGGAGAAUCAGAGACUGGAGUCCUGGCACUGCCUAGGCCUCAGAUCCCCUCUGCAGUACAGGGAAAAUAGUGACCUGCCUUGUACAGGUGUCACAUGGCUCAGCAUGCUAGCUAGGGGUGAUGCCUGGGGGCACCUGGAGAAAGAGUGCUCCAUGGCAUGUGUAGACAGCACCAAACUAGGCAGACCAGUGAGGCAAUCAAUAGAAGGCCGUUUGCGAAGUUCCUAACAAUGGAUGAACGGCACAAAUGCACAGCAGAUGUGCAACAAACACACGUACCUGAAGUUGUUGCAAAAUUCUGCAGGGUGGAAGGCAGGUUGCAGUAUCUACUUUAGGGCUGUUGUGAGCAUAAGAUGGAAAGGAGGGAGGUGACAGGCAGCAGCUUGGAGGAACGGCAGGGAUACCAAUUUUACAAGUAAAUAAGAUGCCUAGUAAACAGACAUGCUUGGAAAUGCAGCUGGGCAAAAUCCUUUUGUAAGAUUGCACUUUAAAAGCCAUGCAAAUGUGAACCAUUCGAGGGGAGAACCUGGAGGAAUCGGGUCGUACUUGAACUGUAAGACCAGCCUUCAGUGACUGGUCCCCACUUUACGUGAUCGUUCAACAUUAUUCAGUUUAAAGGUAAACUGGAAGCCACUGACCACACUCUCAUCGCUCUUUCCACUUCCUUUUCCUCUGGAGAACCUGGCGUAACAUCCUUGGCUGACCUUCUUGAAAUUUUCUUUCUUGCGGAUUGCACUCUCUUUAGGCAGAUACAAAUCUUCACAUUAGCUACUAGGAAAUCUUUAGGAAUCUUUAGGAAAGAUUUAUGGGCUCAUAAUUUCUUGCAGAGUAGGUUUUGUCUGGACACACCAGAGACAAAAGACAGCUGCAGUCUUUAAACAGGACUUUAAAGGCACAAUCCAAUAACACGUGUUGGACUGGGAAAACAGUUCUGAUUCCCAGCAUGUCCCAGUGAGCUUGGACUCCACUGUUACUUAAUAUGACCAUCCACUCAAAAGCUGUAUUCUUGUUACCCCUAAAAACAGGCAAAGGAAGUUGACAAAGGUUGAAACAAAAACCAGCAAUCCAAGCCUCUAUGUACCUUUGAGAGCACAAUCCAACAUACGCUGCGAUGGGAGAAGAGGAUUCUUCCAGUUUUUUUGAUGUUUUUCCCUUCCAUAUUGUGGUUUUGAACUCACAACCCGCUGAGCUGAUGUUAGCAGUUAGGUGAGAUUUGACAACAUUUGGAGGGGGAAAGGACGGUAGGUUUUCAAAUUGUGAAUGCAGGAGAAAAUGCAACGGACACGUUUGCCCAUUCUUAGAGACAAGGGUCCCUUUGACCACAGAACCCCACUUCUGCAAAACUCUGCAGCCCGUCAACGGUCGAAUAGCAAGCUCUGUUUGCAACACCCUUUCCAUGAAGUUCCUCACUGCCCUUAUUUCCCACACAACUGGGUACAGGGUGGUUGCCCUCACUGUUUCUAAAGAGCCAUUUAUUAAAAAAAAAUAAGGGCUGCAGAUGCUCCCAAAACUGGAAAUGCCUCUUCUGAGUUGGUGGCCGCAGUGACACAUUUGUGCAUAAUAGGAAUGUGGAGGAUGCUGUUUGCUCCGCAUUGACAAGUGACCCAAACUAAUAUGCAGGUCCAAACACCUUUGUGCUUGAAGGACCUCCUGCUGCUGCACUAGCCUGCCCAGGCUCCGAGGUCUUCGGCGGAGGAUCUUCGCCUGGCUUGCCACCAAGGCGGUUAGAAUGAAGAGUUCAUGAGAGAGGGCAGUGGCCCCUGAACAUCUGGAAGGCGCUUCCAUCGGGGUCUGCCAGGGCAUUAUCGGCAGCCCUUCAGGAAAGCUCUGAAACCCACCUGGCUUUGCUGGCCUGUUUUCAACCUUUUCUUUUAAAUGUCUUUUAUUUAUAGUCAUUUUAAUGGAAUUUUAUUCUCAUGUGGUUUCAUGUUGUAUACCACCUUGGAAAAUGUCCACCUUUAAAGACACUUUAACACUGUUUUUAGAUAAAUAAAUACUACUUUCAG